ACCGCCGGGAUUAGGGGAUCCAUCCCCUCAUCCACGCGUUCACCCACCCACCCAUUCGCCCACCCACUCGCCCGCCCGCCCAGGCAGCUCCCAUCGCUCCCCGCAGCGCCGCUCCAUGCCGGGCUCCACGCGGAGCCGGGAUCUCUCCGGGAAGGGCUGGCAUGUCCCAGCGGCGUGAGGCGGGGAGCCGGCUCCCUCCGGGGAGGGUGCCCGUGCCGAGGGGGCCGAGGAGGGCUGUGGUGGCCCCUCGCUGCUCGCCGGAGGGUUGGGAAGGUGCCGGGGAGCUGGCGGAGGAGGGACGGCGAGGGAGCGCCGAGCGCCGGCUGGCCGGGAGGAGCGCGGAGCGGAGCGGGGAUGGAUGUGCCGCGGCCGUGAGAGGAGCCUUGGCGUGGGAAAGGGAGUGUCUGCCUUCGGCCGGAGCGUGGGACAACUGAGCCGGCACCUUCUGGGCUUCUGCUCCCGGGAUCUUGGGCUGCUGCCCCCGGAAUUUUUGGCUCCGAGGACCUGCGGAGGGUCGGAGGCUGCUGGACGCGGGCUCACCUGUCCCGGAGGAGAGCGCGGACAGCGGGGGGAAGCUCCGUGUUUCUGGAGCGAGGAUCUGAGAGCUGAGAGGCGGCUGCCGGGGUGGUCAGAUCCCUUGCCAUCCCUGCCGAGAGGAUACGGAUUUUCCAGAUGCUGCGAGCCUGAGGAGAGGGGUCCCGUGCUGAUCCCCCCGUCCCUGUCCCAGCCCCGCUGCCGGGAGCCAGCGCCUGUCGGUGCCGUUCCCACACCAGCAGCAGCUCGUCCCCGUCCCGGUGGGCUUGGCCGUGGAACUUGAGCUCUCUCAGCGCUGGGGUUGUUGUUUGCUUUCUGCAGGCAGGUGUGGAUUGACACCUUCCGGGCUGCCAGAGGGACUGCUGAGCACGGGAGCGCUGCACGUCCCUCUGGAGCGGGCUCGGACCUCACCCCAGGCUGUGCCUCUGGGAUAUGGCAGCCGUGGGCACAAACUCCUGCCCCUGAAGGUGCCCCCCCAGCCCGCCCUGCCCUCCUGCGAGCCGAGAUGGGAACCUCUGGGAAAACUUAGGUUUUCCUGAAGACGCCCGGGGAGGGGAGGGAAGAGGGAUCCAUGUGAGCCUCGUGGCUGCCGUGCCGUGGAUGGAUGGACGGUGGGCUGAGCGUGGUGGCCCAGCAUGACAGCCUGCCAGUACCCCAUGGCGCCGGGGGCCCUGGAGCGGGACCGGCUGUACCAGCACAAGGUCUCCUUGGUGGUGCGGUACUUCAUGAUCCCCUGCAACAUCUGCCUCAUCCUCCUGGCCACCUCCACGCUGGGAUUUGCCGUGCUGCUCUUCCUCAAUAACUACAAGCCCAACAGUUACUUCACUCAGACGCCGCCGACGCCGCGGGAUGUGUGCCGGGGGAUGCUGUGCGGGUUCGGGGCCGUGUGUGAGAGGAGCUCCAGCGACCCCUCCCAGGCCUCCUGUGUCUGCAAGAAAACAGCCUGUCCUGUCGUGGUGGCCCCUGUCUGUGGCUCUGAUUACUCCACCUACAGCAACGAGUGUGAGCUGGAGAAGGCUCAGUGCAACCAGCAGAGGAGGAUCAAGGUCAUCAGCAAGGGGCCGUGUGGCUCCAAGGACCCCUGUGCAGAGGUGACCUGCAGUUUUGGCAGCACCUGUGUCCGCUCCACCGAUGGCCAGUCGGCCAAGUGUGUGUGUCCGUCCUCCUGCAGCGGCGUUCCCGAGAAUCCCGUGUGCGGCAGCGACGGCCGCGACUAUCGCAGCGAGUGUGACCUCAACAAGCACGCCUGUGACAAGCAGGAGAACGUCUUCAAGAAGUUUGAUGGCCUCUGUGACCCCUGCAAAGGCGUCCUCAACGACAUGAACCGCGUGUGCCGGGUGAACCCCCGCACCCGGCGGGCGGAGCUGCUGCCGCGCCCCGAGGGCUGCCCGCCCAGGAGGGAGCCCGUGUGCGGGGACGACGGCGUCACCUACGACAACGAGUGCGUGAUGGGGCGCUCGGGGGCCAUCCGGGGCCUGGAGAUCCAGAAGGUGCGUUCAGGGCAGUGCCAGCAGCAGGACAAGUGCAGGGACGAGUGCAAGUUCAACGGGGUGUGCCUGAACCGCCGCGGCUCCGCGCGCUGCUCCUGCGACCGCAUCGCCUGCGACGGCGCCUUCCGGCCCGUCUGCGCCCGCGACAGCCGCACCUACGGCAAUGACUGCGAGCGCCAGAAGGCAGAGUGCCACCAGAAGGCUGCCAUCCCCGUAAAGCACAGCGGACCCUGUGACCUGGGCACACCCAGCCCCUGCCUGAGCGUGGAGUGCACCUUUGGGGCCACGUGCGUGGUGAAGAACCAGGAGCCCGUGUGUGAGUGCCAGCAGGUGUGCCAGGGCCGCUACGACCCCGUGUGUGGCACCGACAACCGCACCUACGGCAACCCCUGCGAGCUGGACUCCAUGGCCUGCGUCCUCAAGAGGGACAUCAGGGUGAAGCACAAGGGGCCCUGUGACCGCUGCGGGAAGUGCCAGUUCGGGGCCAUCUGCGAGGCGGAGACGGGGCGCUGCGUGUGCCCCACCGAGUGCGUGCCCUCUGCCCAGCCCGUGUGCGGCUCCGACGGCCGCACCUACGGCAGCGAGUGCGAGCUGCACGUCCGAGCCUGCACCCAGCAGACCAACAUCCUGGUGGCCGCCCAGGGAGACUGCAAGUCGUGUGGCAGCACGGUGUGCUCCUUUGGCAGCCGCUGUGUGGGUGGGCAGUGCGUGUGCCCGCGCUGCGAGCGCCAGCCCCCGGCCCCGGUGUGCGGCACCGACGGGCUCACCUACGACAACCAGUGCGAGCUGCACGUGGCCUCCUGCCAGCAGAAGAAGAGCAUCGAGGUGGCCAGGACGGGGCCCUGUGAGGAUGAGUGUGGCUCGGGGGGCUCUGGCUCCGGGGAUGGCAGCGAGUGUGAGCAGGACCGGUGCCGGCAGUUCGGGGGCUGGUGGGACGAGGACGCCGAGGACGAUCGCUGCGUGUGCGACUUCACCUGCCUGGCCGUGCCCCGCAGCCCGGUGUGUGGCUCUGAUGGUGUCACCUACGCCAACGAGUGUGAGCUGAAGAAGACACGGUGUGAGAAACGCCAGGAUCUCUAUGUCACUGGCCAAGGAGCCUGUCGUGCCCUUGCCACAACCCCACCACCCCUCCUGGUUGUGCACUGCAGCCAGACCAUCUACGGCUGCUGCCCAGACAACAUGACCCUGGCGCUCGGAGUGGGAGCAGCAGGAUGUCCAAGCACGUGCCAGUGCAACCCCUAUGGCUCCUAUGGAGGGUCCUGUGACCCUGGCACGGGGCAGUGCUCCUGCAAGCCCGGCGUGGGGGGGCUCAAGUGCGACCGCUGCGAGCCGGGCUUCUGGAACUUCCGCGGCAUCGUCACCGACAGCAAGAGCGGCUGCACCCCCUGUAACUGCGACCCCGUGGGGUCAGUGCGGGAUGACUGCGAGCAGAUGACGGGGCUGUGCUCCUGCAAGACUGGCAUCACUGGCAUGAAGUGCAACCAGUGCCCCAAUGGCAGCAAACUGGGCAUGACUGGCUGCGAGAAAGACCCCUCGGCCCCAAAAUCCUGUGAGGAGAUGAGCUGCGAGUUCGGGGCCUCGUGCGUGGAGGUCAACGGCUUUGCCCACUGCGAGUGCCCGUCCCCACUGUGCUCAGAGGCCAACAUGACCAAGGUGUGUGGCUCUGACGGUGUCACCUACGGGGACCAGUGCCAGCUGAGGACCAUCGCCUGCAGGCAGGGCCAGGUCAUCACGGUGAAGCACGUGGGGCAGUGCCACGAGUCCAUCACCCACACGAGCCACCCGUCGCCUCCCACGCCGCUGCCCACGCUGCCCUUGGACCGGCUCAUCCUCCCCCCGCCCCUGCCCCUCACCACCCAGGCUCCAGAGCCCACCGAGGUGGCCACCAGCUCCCCGCCGCUGGAAGCCAAGCCCACGGAACGGGGUCACCCCACGACGAGGCGCGUCACGACGGCCAGGCCGGCCACGACGCCCUGGGCCACCCACGGCGGGCACAAGACCACGGUGCGGCCUCUCUCCACCGCCCCGGUGGUCCUGGCCACCCCCCAGCCUGCCUACGGGGAGUCGGGCAGCGCUGAGGGCAGUGGGGACCAGGAGAUGGGUGCCAGCGGGGACCAGGAGUCCAGCGGGGCGGGCUCUGCCGGGGAAGAGGAGGUGGAGGAAGGCCAGGUGACGUCCACCCCGGCCGUGGAGAGGGCCACGUGUUACAACGCCCCGCUGGGAUGCUGCUCCGACGGCAAGACCGCGGCUGCCGACGCCGAGGGCAGCAACUGCCCAGCUACCAAAGUCUUCCAAGGAGUCCUCAUCCUGGAGGAGGUGGAAGGCCAGGAGCUGUUCUACACCCCGGAGAUGGCUGACCCCAAGUCAGAGCUCUUUGGGGAGACGGCCCGGAGCAUCGAGAGCGCGCUGGACGAGCUUUUCCGCAGUUCUGACGUCAAGAAGGAUUUCAAGAGCAUCCGAGUGCGGGACCUGGGGCAGAGCAGCGCCGUCCGUGUCUUCGUGGAGUCCCACUUUGACCCAGCCACGUCCUACACUGCAGCUGAUAUCCAAGCGGCCCUGCUGAAGCAGAUCAAAGCUUCCAAGAAGAAGACCAUCCUGGUGAAGAAGCCCCAGCAGGAGCAUGUCAAAUUCAUGGAUUUUGACUGGAUCCCCAGGCUCUUCACCACCACCAUCACCACCACCACGGCCACCACCAUGGCCCCGGCCACCACCCGCAGGGCCACCACGGCCGCCGCCGUCACCACGGCCCGCGGGCAGCGCCCCGACGGCGCCGCCGGGAGCACCAGGAGGCCCAGCCCUCCCACCUUCCUGCCAGCUGCCAGCACCCGCAGGAAGCCCACCCGGCAGCCCCCUGUCACCAGGAGACCCCCCCGGCCCUGCGACUCCCACCCCUGCCUGCACGGGGGCACCUGCGAGGACGACGGCGAGGAGUUCACCUGCAGCUGCCCCGCGGGCAAGGGAGGGGCCGUCUGUGAGAAAACUAUCAGGUACUUCAUCCCCAGCUUCGGGGGCAAGUCCUACCUGGCGUUCAAGAUGAUGAAGGCGUAUCACACGGUGCGCAUCGCCCUGGAGUUCCGCACCCUGGAGCUCGGGGGGCUGCUGCUCUACAACGGCCAGAACCGGGGCAAGGACUUCAUCUCCCUGGCCCUGGUGGGCGGCUUCGUGGAGCUCAGGUUCAACACGGGCUCUGGCACGGGCGUCAUCACCAGCAAGGUCCGUGUGGAGCCUGGCAAGUGGCACCAGCUGGUGGUGAACAGGAACCGGCGCAGUGGGAUGCUCUCCGUGGAUGGGGAGCCCCACGUGAGCGGGGAGAGCCCCCCGGGCACCGACGGGCUCAACCUGGACACCGACCUGUUCAUUGGGGGAGUGCCCGAUGACCAGAUGGCCGUGGUGGCAGAUCACACCACGGCCACCACGGGGCUCAAGGGCUGCAUCCGCCUCCUGGACGUGAACAACCAGAUGUACGACCUGCGGGAGAAGGGCAGCGACGUCCUCUACGGCAGCGGGGUGGGCGAGUGUGGCAACGACCCCUGCCACCCCAACCCCUGCCACCACGGGGGCAUCUGCCACGUCAAGGAGGCAGAGAUGUUCCACUGCGAGUGCCUCCACACCUACACCGGGCCCACGUGUGCCGACGAGAGGAACCCCUGUGAGCCCUCACCCUGCCACGUCUCUGCCACCUGCCUGGUGCUGCCCGAGGGGGGUGCCCUGUGUGCCUGCCCCAUGGGCCGGGAAGGAGACUUCUGCGAGCGAGUGACAGAGCAGGACCACACCAUGCCCUUCCUCCCGGAGUUCAAUGGCUUCUCCUACCUGGAGCUGAACGGGCUGCAGACCUUCGUUCCUGACCUGCAGGAGAAAAUGUCCAUGGAAGUUGUGUUCCUGGCCAAGAACCCCAGUGGAAUGAUCUUCUACAACGGCCAGAAGACAGAUGGCAAGGGGGACUUUGUGUCCCUGGCCUUGCACGACGGGUACCUGGAGUACAGAUACGACCUGGGCAAGGGGGCAGCCGUGCUCAGGAGCAAGGAGCCGGUUCCCCUCAACACCUGGACGAGUGUCCUGCUGGAGAGGAACGGGCGCAAGGGGGUCAUGAGGAUCAACAACGGCGAGAGGGUGAUGGGGGAGUCACCGAAAUCCCGUAAGGUGCCUCACACCUACCUGAACCUGAAGGAGCCGUUUUACGUUGGAGGAGCCCCUGAUUUCAGCAAGCUGGCUCGAGCAGCUGCCAUCUCCACCAGCUUCGAGGGGGCCGUGCAGAGGAUCUCCAUCAAGGGGGAUCCCCUGCUGACGGAGCAGAACAUCCGCAGCGCCAUCGAGAUCUCGCCCUUCCGGGGCCACCCCUGCACCCAGAAACCCAACCCCUGCCAGAACGGGGGCACCUGCAGCCCCAGGCUGGAGAGCUACGAGUGUGCCUGCCAGAGGGGCUUCCACGGGGCCCACUGUGAGAAAGUGAUCAUCGAGAAGGCUGCUGGGGAUGCAGAGGCCAUUGCCUUUGAUGGCAGGACAUACAUGGAGUACCACAAUGCUGUCACCAAGAGUGAGAAGGCCCUGCAGUCCAACCACUUCGAGCUGAGCAUCAAAACAGAGGCCACACAGGGGCUGAUCCUGUGGAGCGGGAAGGGGCUGGAGCGCUCGGACUACAUCGCCCUGGCCAUCGUGGAUGGGUUCGUGCAGAUGACCUACGACCUGGGCUCCAAGCCAGUCAUCCUCAGAUCCACGGUCCCAGUCAACACCAACCAGUGGAUCCACAUCAAAGCCUACAGGGUACAGAGGGAAGGCUCCCUCCAGGUUGGGAACGAAGCUCCCAUUGCUGGUUCUUCUCCACUUGGUGCAACCCAGCUGGACACAGACGGGGCCCUGUGGCUGGGGGGGCUGGAGAAGCUGAGUGUGGCUCACAAGCUGCCCAAGGCCUACAGCACUGGCUUCGUUGGCUGCAUACGGGAUGUCCUUGUGGACCGCCAAGAACUGCACCUGGUGGAGGACGCUUUAAACAACCCCAGGAUAUUACACUGCUCGGCCAAAUAGACCCCCAGAGACCCUCCCUCCUCCUUCCCUCCCUCCUGCCUAUUGCUGUAAUUAUUUUCUAUUUUUGUAAACUUAUUGCUUUUUAUAUUUUUGGGGGGGGAGGAGGGAGGGAGGGGGGAAAAAGGGAGGGGAGGAGGAGACACCUUUUUCUUUCGGGUUAUCCGUUCGGUUGCAGCCUAUCCAGGUCAGGCAGAACUCGAAUCAAACAGCAGCAACAAAGAACAAACCUUGAACCAAGUCUCCAAGAAGUGACAGAAGAACUUGCCCAUCACGUUGUAAAUCUUCUUCAUACUUGAAGCUUCUUUUUUUUUGGGGGGGGGGUUGCUUUUUUCCCCCCCUCCUCCUCACUUGUGUUCUUGGGUUGUCGUCCGUGCCCGCGGGGGGGAAAAGAUGCUGGUGCUGGCGAGACCUGUGGCCUUCAUGGAUUCACUGCCUGGCCCCAACGUCCCCUCUGCAGUGCUGGCUGAGCAGGGAGGUGGCAAUUGCCACCCCUGCUUCGGGGUCUGGCUCUGCCAAGCCUUCCCCUGGCCCUGUACUCACCCGACCUCCCUCCUCCCCCCCUCCUUCCUCUCGCUCUAAUUUAUGUGUGUAAGAAUCUCAAGUGCUUUUCUCCUUCAUGCUCUGUUAAAAUCAGGGAUGCCAUGCACUGGAAGAGAGACCAAGGCCUGCUCUGAGCAGGCAGGAAAGCAUUGCUCUUUGGUUGUCUUAUGACUGUUUGCUGGACUGAGAGGUGCUGGGGGGGGAAAUGUUGAUUUUCUCUGUUGGUUCUCCUCCUCCUCCUCCUCCUCCUUCUCCUCCUCUUGGACAUGUGCAGAAGCAGCUGUGAAACCUCAUUUCCACGCUUUGUGUUCAUCCAGAUGUGUCCCAACCACCUGUUUGCCCUUGGCUGCUCUUCCCAAGAGCUUCUGCCCACCAAGCCUUGCCCUCCCACACGCUGGGGAUAACUUGGAGCUCCUCUCCAAGGGCUGGAAGUGCUCCCCCCUCUUCCAGCACCACCAAACAGGCUGGGAGGGCACAGGGACUGGGUCCCUCUUUGCUUUUAAAAGACCUGUUGGAUGUGUCCUUCCAUGACCCACGUCCAUUUUCCAGCCUCUGGGGCAUGACUUUGCCCUCGGACGCUCUGCCAGCCUGGGAAUGCAGAGCUGGCACUGGAGCCUCUCCCACGAAGAGAAUUCGGAGUUUCCACCUUGGAUUCAAGUUUUUUUGCAACGCCCAGGGCAGUGCAGGGUCUUCCACGCCGUGAUCAAAGCUCCUCUGGACGCUGCCAGCCCAGCAGGAACAGCUCCAGUGGGAAUGGGAGUCGGGACUGGACUGUUUUGGGGGGGGCGGGAGGGGAUUUUUAGGUGUUUUCUUCCUUGAAAGCAAAUGUUUUAGUGCCAGUGACAAAGCCAGUCCGUGUGUUUGUGAGUGGAUGGUGCGUGUUUGUGAGUGUCUGUCACCCAGCACACGUUUUGCCUGCAGCCCUUGGAUCUCCUGGGAGCAGGAGAAGAGCCAGUGGAUCCCAGCUCCGAAGGAAACGACCCUCUCCAUUCGAGUUCCUUCUCCAUGGGAAGGAUUUCAUGAUGCUGUGGAGCAUCCACGUCCCUUCCCCACCCUGAGGUGGCAGCUCUGUGUAAAAACCAGCUUUGUGGAGUGUACAGGACGAACCUGAAGGAUCAUUAAUGUUAAUUAAUACCCAAGGUGCCAUCGUUUUGCAGUUUUACCUUCCAACUUCCAGCACACCUUUUAAAAAUGGUGUUUCUUGGCACUCAGGUUUUGAGCCACAGAAGGUCAAAUGCCUUCUCCUCAGGGUGAGCUCUGAACAAAGGGGAAGAACGUGUGUAAAAACCACUCGGGGUUUUCUUUUUUAUUUCUUUUUAUUUGAUUGAAAGAAAACUAUCCCUCCCCCCCCCCCCCCCCCCACCUUCCCUAUCCCCAAUCUGUGACAUUCCUCUGCAAAUCCAGGGGUUAAAUAUUCCACAGAGGGGGGGCUGUGCCCUCUGUGGGAUAGAGACUGCUCUGUGUGUGUGUGUGUGUGUGUGCCAAAAACCACAUUUUAAGUGGCUGCUGUAUAUAAAUCCUGGGUCCUGGUGGGGAUUGCUGUGCCCUGGAAGGGGGAGGGAGGUGUGAGACCCCCCCCAAAUCCGUGAAUUUUGAGAAGGGGGGAAUUUCCAGCUGGGCAUUGCUGAGACAGGGCUGGAUCCUCCAGCUCCAGAGGGACAGGGGGGCACGUGCAGAGGAAGCUGCUAAUUUUCUCAAAUGCCACUCGAAACGAAGCCAGGGGUCACUGCAAAAAAAAAAAUUACAACAACCCAACAGCUAAACAAAAAA